AUUUAUUUAAAUAAUACUAUAAUAAAUUAUAUAUUAUUUAUAUAACAAAAAAUAUUCAAUCAAAAAUAAAUAAAAAAAAAAAAAAUAAAAAAAAAAAUAAAAAAAAAAAAUUUACAAAGAUUAGAUUAUAUUCAUUUGAAACAAUCAUAAUAAUAAGCAAUUUUAUUUAAUCGUAUUUUAUUUCGUUUUUGUAAUUAUUAAAUUUUUACUCUUUUUUAAUUUUUUUUAUUUAAUUAUUUUAAUUAUUUAUUUAUUAUACUUUUUUUUUUUUUUUAAUUUUUUUUUUCAUUAUAAUUUAAUAAACCAAUACAUAUCAAUAGAAAAUAUUAAUUUAAUUUUUUUUUUUUUUAUAAAAAAUAAAGAGUUUAAUAAUAACAUAUUAAUAAAUAAUAAAAUAACAAUAUAAUGAACCAAUCAGACUCUUUAAAUAUUGUAAUUAGAAUUUUAAAUAAAAUUUCUAAAGAUAAUUUUCAAGUUUUAAUUGAUCAAUUGGUUUCAAAAUACCAAUUAUUAGAUAAAGAUGACUCUAUUGUAUUUUUAGAUAAAAUUUUUGAAAAAGUGGUUGAGGAACCAUCUACAUCUUUACCUUAUUAUAUUCAAAUUAUAAACAAAAUAUCACCAAUUUUCGAAAAAAAAUAUUCUUCUGGAUUUGGUAAUAUUAUAGUUGACCAUUUUAAUAACAAAUUUAAUAAUUAUUUAAAACAAUUAAGAUCAUCCAGUUCAUUUAGUGAUUACGAUUUACAAUGCAAACAAAAUAUUAUAAAUUUAUCAAAAUUCAUGGGAGAAUGUUAUUAUUCACUACCAAAUACUUUUUUAAUUGACUUUGUAAAUGAAUAUCUCCCAAAAGACUUAUCAAAAGAUCCAUCAGAAGAUUUAAAACCAAUACAACUAACGGAAGUAGAAACUUUAGCAACCAUUUUUACAGCGGCAGGAAAAACUAUUGAUUCCUUUAACAAGAGUAAUUGUGCUUCGUUAUCAACACCAAUAUCAUCACCAUCCCCAUCUGAUCAACACUUUCAAAACAUCCAAACUGCUUUAGAUAACGCAACCCCAAUUUUGUUAUUUUUAAUUGACAACAGACAACUAUUACCACCAAGAGUUAGAUUUAUGGUAAAGAAUCUCUUUGAAUUAAAGAAUAACAAAUGGAUCAUCCCAAAACCAACCAAUGACGAUUUUAAUACCCAAAAAGAAAUCUUGAAGCUAGCAACUACUUUGGGCAAAAAUGUAACAAAGACAAUAAUGGAAAAAUGUGAAGAUGAUUCUACACUUCUCUCUAUUUUUUGGAAAGGUUUCUUCCAAACCAUUGGUAUCAAUAACUAUAAAAUGCUAAGACAAAUGAUGAUUGAUGAAAAGUCAACCCUCUCUCCAUCCUCUUCAUCCCCAACCAUCCCCCUUUCACCUUUCCUUAGAAGAACCAUUAGCAACUCACCCUCACAAUUUAAUCUCUCUGGUGGAAGCACACCAUCCCAAAUGGAUAUUGACCCAACCUCAUUCGAUUUGAAUCAAAUGGACCCAACAUGCGCACACAAUUCUUUAUUUGAAAAAGAAAAUCAAGUUCCCUCCAUACAUAAUCUUUUAAACCAAUCACCACAGCAACAAAACAACCAAUCAAAUGAAAACAACGAUUUACCAAAUGGAUUUUUAUCUCCAAAAAUUUCGAGAUCGACAUCACCAUCUCUUUCUUCAACUUCAACAACUACAAUUAUACCAACUAUUGCCCAAAUGUCAAAAGGUAGAGAAGCUUAUUCAAAUCCAAACAGUUUAAAUAAUCUUAAAAAUCAUAAUAUAAAUAGCAAUAAUAACAACAGUAAUAAUAACAAUAACUAUAACAACAAUAACAAUAGUGUUAAUAGCAAUAAUAAUGCAAAUAAAACCAAAGAAUCACCAGAGCUUUCAAACACACCAGAUUCAAAUCUUUCAGUAAUAGUAAGCAUCAUUGAUAGUAAAAUAUGGACUCCACAAAAAGAAAUCUGGAAAAAGAAAAUAAUGAACAAAAUUAUUCCAAUGAAAUCUACUCUCAAGAAAACCCAAAAGAUUGAAAUAUUAGCAGCAAUCUGGCAAAAUAUGUGCGAUAAUAAUUAUGAAUAUGGUUCUUAUUUCGACCUUUGCUUAAAUUUAAUUAAAAUGGAUGAAGGUGAAUUAUCGCCACUUUACGCCCAACCAGAAGAACCACAACAACCACCCGUUAAAUCUGGUAAGCCACCUGCAACUGCAGAACCAAUAGUAAAUCCACUUUUAAAUAAAAUUAAAACCCCAAAUAGAAGAUCCUCAAUGGUUGCACUUCAAAUGAAACCAAACGCCCCAAUAUCAGAGGCAAGACGUUCCUCUAUCUCUGUUCCAUUCGAAUUAAAUCGUAGAGGAUCUUUAUCAGGCGAUAUCCCAACCUAUUGCCCACCAGCACCAAAAUUAAAAUCAACUCCAACCCUUAAAUCAACUCCAGCAACAUCAAUCCCGUUGGCUUCAUUGGGAGGUACUCAAUCUUUAGCCUCAUCUCAAAAGAAUACCCAUCCUUCCUCUGAAGUUAAGAAGCAGCCAAAUGCCAAAAAACAUAAACCAGAUUUAGAUACUUUCAAAGAUGUUUUAGUAAGCUCUCUCCAAGAUGACUUUGCAUUAAAAAUGUUUGUUAAAAAAAGAAGCCUUACAACAUAUAUGGAAUUAUUAAAAGAUUUAUAUAGAGAGUUUAUCAUCGAAAUACCUUUAUUAUUAAAAUGUAUCUCCUUAGUACAUAAUGGUUUAUAUGAAUUAACAGAUGAAGAAUGUACUUUAUUAUUUGAUUUGGAAGAAAUGGCUCAAGAACAACAAAAUUUAGAAAAACAAAACAAUCAACAACAAAACCUAUUAACAAAUAACAAUCAAAUAUUCCAUUGGAAAACCCAAACUUGGGAAGAUAAACCACAAACCCCACCACCACCUCCAAAUUCUUAUGUAGACUUAAAUUCAGAUGUAUUUGUUUUGUAAAUAAUAUUAUUAAUUUAAAUUUUUAUUAAAAAUAAUAUUUAAAAGUAAUAACUACAUAUAAAAAAUGGUUUUAAUAAAAAUAAUUUAAAAAUGUAUAAUU